AUGCACAACGGGGGUGGUAAUCGCCAGAGAUGCAAAAAUUCAGUAGCGAAACAUGAAAAACUGCUUGAAUACUUUAUGACAACGGUACACCGAAAUCAGCAAAUAGCUAGGACUCGCGUGAGUCCGAAAAAAUGUGGUCAAAGAGACAUAAGAAGCAGCAACAACGAAAAACAACAAAUUGAAAUGAGCAGAAGUAAAAGCUUGAUGUGUUGGUUAGGCUCGAUAUUCUCAUUUAAACUCUCCUUUGAAACUUAA